AAGUAAAUAAAAAGUGCCACGGGUUAACCAUGAGCAUGCAGAAUGAGGACAGGCUUUAUGCCAAGCCCCAGCAGACAGCAGCAGGAGAAGCACAAGUGCCCCGGACACCCCAGCAGCACAUGGCUGAGAUACUGCGAGAGCUCAAACAGACUCGGCUGCAGAAAAUAUGGAUUCCCCAUCAAUGUGAGAGGCUCCAGCAGAGGAGAGGAUCCUCCAUACCUCAGUUCACCAAUUCUCCUACCAUGAUCAUCAUGGUGGGACUUCCUGCUCGCGGAAAGACUUACAUCUCCAAGAAACUCACCCGCUACCUCAACUGGAUUGGGAUCCCAACAAAAGUAUUUAACGUGGGGCAGUAUCGGCGAGAGGUUGUGCAGACCUACAAGAGCUAUGAGUUUUUCCACCCGGAUAACCAGGAAGCAAUGAAGAUACGGAAACAUUGUGCGCUCAGUGCGCUGAGGGACGUCGACAAAUAUCUAACUCAAGAAGAGGGUCAGGUGGCGGUGUUUGAUGCAACAAAUACCACGAGGGAGCGGCGGUCCCUGAUCCUUCAGUUUGCCAAGGAGCGACCCUUCAAGGCAUUUUUUAUUGAAUCGAUUUGUGACGACCCAGAUAUAAUCGCUGAAAAUAUCAUGGAAGUGAAGCUUUCCAGCCCAGAUUACAAGGACUGCGACAGAGAGAAAGUGGUGGAGGAUUUCCUAAAAAGAAUUGGCUGCUAUAACAUGAAUUAUCAGCCUCUGCAUGAUGACUUCGAUAGCUCCUUGUCCUACAUCAAAAUCUUUAAUGUUGGGCGUCGGUACCUGGUAAACAGGGUUCAAGAUCACAUACAGAGCCGUGCAGUGUACUACCUAAUGAGUAUCCACGUCGCCCCCCGUUCCAUCUAUCUUUGCCGGCAUGGAGAGAGCAAGCUUAACCUUUUGGGGCGGAUCGGUGGUGAUUCGGGGCUGUCCACACAUGGCAAACAGUUUGCUCACGCCCUGGGCAACUUUGUGAAGUCACCGCAAAUUACGGACCUCAAGGUGUGGACAAGUCAUAUGAAACGCACCAUCCAGACUGCAGAAGCUCUAGGGGUUCCCUACGAGCAGUGGAAGGCUCUGAAUGAGAUUGAUGCUGGGGUGUGUGAGGAAAUGACGUAUGAGGAGAUACAAGAGAACUUCCCGGAGGAGUUUGCCCUGAGAGACCAGGACAAGUAUCGGUACAGAUACCCCAAAGGAGAGUCCUAUGAGGACCUUGUACAGAGGUUGGAACCAGUCAUAAUGGAGCUGGAGCGGCAGGAGAAUGUGCUGGUCAUCUGUCAUCAAGCGGUCAUGCGUUGCCUGCUGGCCUACUUCCUGGAUAAGAGCGCAGAGGAACUUCCAUACCUGAAAUGCCCCCUCCAUACAGUGCUGAAACUGACCCCUGUGGCGUAUGGUUGUAAAGUAGAAUCCAUUUAUCUGAAUAUAGAGGCAGUGAACACUCACCGGGUAAAGCCAUCUAAUGUAGAGGUUUCCCGUGAGCCAGAUGAAGCUUUGGACACUGUACCUGAACAUUUUUAAUGGAAGGGUUUAUCUUUAUAUUUUUAAUUCAUUUUCCAAUUGAGCCAAUCAGAAUGUAUUUAACUUGGAGGGGGUCUUGCCAUUGGGUUGAUGAUGAGAGAGGCCAAAUUGACUGCAGUAAGGAUGCACAAAGGAGGGAGUAGCCAGUGGGGUUCAUUAUUUUAUUUUUUAGCCGGUAAACAAGAAACUUUUGGCCACUGGAUGUUAUAAUCCAUUUAUGCAGAGACCCAGUAACACACUCAGGGCUAGCUUAGUGAUUUGUCUCUAUAUUCAAUACUUGGGUCUGGUUAUUUUAUUCAUGUUUAGUGACUUUUUUUUAAAAUAUAAUUUUAUAAACUCUGGUAUCUGGAGGACAGUCAGAUGAUGGUGUCCCUGUGGUACAUUUAGUCCCCUCCUUUUUAGGAGGGUACAGGGUGCAAAUGAUCCAUCACUAGAGCAGGAGUUGUGUUGCUAGAAUAUGAAUAGUUGGGCCCAAUGGAAUCACAGCAGCACAAAGGACAGAUUGCAAAGAAAUAGUAUUUUAUUAAAACAUAAAACAAAAACUUUCCUACAAGACCAUAGUCUGAGCAAGCUGUGAUAAGUCUGUGCUUAAGAAAGCAAUAGCAACCAUUUAAGCUGAGUUACACUACUCAUUUGUUCGACGGCCAUAGCCGAGCUCUGGUAGGUGAACAGUAGUGAAGAAACAGCUGCUCAUUGCCUGUCUGGUCUAUAGCAACAGAUAAGUAUGGAUGGGUUUGACGGCUUUUUGAGAUGUUCAAUUUCAUGUGAGUUAUGACUGAGGAGGACCGCUAGUACCAAAAUGCAGAACAUAGUCCAAACAUCCUGGAGAUGUAUUGCCACUUUAAAUAAACAUCCCAUGAAAAGAUGGUCA